AUGGCAGUCAUCGGCGCAGUUUUCUUCCUUUUUCCAGAGGCAUUCAUUCGGAUUUUCACACCGGAAACGGAUGUUAUCAAGAUAGGUAUGGUUUAUCUACAGUUUCUGUCCCCGACAUUCGGAUUCAUCGCCUUUUCGCUCAUCUUAGGAAGAGCACUCAACGGUGCCGGAGAUACCUUCUCUCCGAUGGUGAUUACACUCGCGGCACAGGUAGGCAUCGGUUUGGGACUCGUGAUUCUACUUUCGCACUUCAUCGGGCUGAAUGGCGUUUGGUUAGGGAUCGCCCUCUCAAACGUUGUGCAAGGUAUCGCGAUGUGGCUUUGGUACAGUACGGGUUAUGUGCUACUGACAGGGGGGCUACCGCUCUUCCCAAGCCUAUUUGGCGUUGCGGCUCUGGGCUAUCCAAAAGUGAGCAACUACAUAGGCUCGUGGAAAGAGUGGGGUGACCGGCUGGAUCUGCCGGUUGAGAUUCCGCAAGUUUAG